AUGUAUCACGACAGAAUACAACCACCUCCACCCACCCGAAUUUCUGGCCCUGACCACGAGAAGACACGGCUCGGUGCGCCCGCGCGACAGGAUUCCUCCGGUGUGCAAUACGAGAGAAUGCUGGUCGGCAUGCCGUGCGACUAUGGCUCACCUCAGCUUUCCAGCUCAUAUGCACGUAGCAUUCAACAAACGAGCCCGGAGUCACCAAUUGAUCGUACCGCUCAUCAACGAGCUUCGAACGCUUCGUUUGAUGAUAUAGUGAAUGUGGCGAGUAGAGAUAUCAGAUAUGCCCCCAGGCUAUCGUGGAAAAGAGCAGCGAUCCUGGAUCAAUUGGACCAGGUUCCAUGGAACCUAAUGUCGGCAUUUGAACCAUCGUCAAUCAUCCCACGACUCAGCCCUCAUCCAAAGUCCGUAACCCCCUUCCGCGCUGACCGAGACGCCACAGACCUGUGUAGCUUGAAGCAUUUCCAACAGCACCUGGGCAGCAUGGUUGUCUGCAUGAGCGCCUCAUUUUUGCUAUACGAUGCUCCGUUGCUCAUGGAUCGAGCCUUGUCUUGCUUCCCUCUGUCCUGA